CUCCUCCGUCCCAGCAUGCACCGCGCCGUCUGCAGCAUAAAGGAAAAAGGGCUGAAGAGAAACAACAGGGUGGGAUUACAGCAGACUGCUGUUUCUUCGGGUAUUCCUCAUCAAAUCUAAUGCGACAAGGAACAUGUCAUGCCCUCUGAGGAGCUGAGAGCGGUGCCUUUUUGCAUGCGUCGGGGGUUUGCAGAGUUUGAAAGUUCCUAGAGAAGCCUGGGGGGCCCGGUCAGAGAGCGGACAGGGACGGGGGCAGAGCUGAGCUGGAGCCAAUGCAGCAGCAGCAUCGACAGCCAGAGCUAGCGGAAGGAAACCUUCCAGUGUUUGUGUUCCCGACGGAGCUCGUCUUCUAUGCAGAUGAGCAGUCGUCUCAUAAGCAGGUGCUCACCCUCUACAAUCCCUAUGAGUUCGCCCUCAAAUUCAAAGUGCUGUGCACAGCGCCAAACAAAUAUACUGUGGUUGAUUCUACGGGAGCCGUCAAGCCACAGUGUUGCGUUGACAUAGUGAUCCGACACAGAGAUGUGAGGCCGUGCCACUAUGGCGUUUACGACAAGUUCCGGCUGCAGGUGUCAGAGCAAAGUCAGCGGAAAGCUCUGGGACGCAAAGAGGUGACGGCUACGCUCCGUCCCUCAGCCUCGCAGGAGCCACACAGCCCCAGGGCCCAAGAUGAGGAGAGGCGGAUUAAAGAGCAGUUUGCAGACAGCGAGUUUUAUGAACAGACUGCAUUUCAGACAGAGAGUCGUCCUGUUGCCGGAGGACCCAGUCUGCUCACCGUGCUGCUGGGACUUGUAUGCAUGAUCGCCCUCAUGCUCCCAACCAUGGGGGAGCAGGAAUCCACUGUGCCUGUCUACCUCCACUUAAGUGUUAACAAGAAACUGGUAGCUGCUUAUGUUCUUGGUCUUCUAACUAUGGUCAUCCUACGUACAUGAAGUCGUUUUUGUGCUGAAAGGACGAGGAUGAACAGUUUAAACCAGAGGAACGACUGCGCUUCCAACGUGUCGAGCUGACGUUGGCGUGGACGGAGCUGACAAACACAUUUGAUCACAUUGAAUUCAAAUACGCAUUGUGUUUUCUAAGCUGUUACAAAAAAAAAAAAGGAAGAUCUUCAGACUUUCGCCACAGGCCUGAAUGAGCCGGAGCGUAGCCAUCUCUGAACACCCCGUGUGAAGAAAAACGGUCCAGCGUCCCAUGGACCUACGCGCAUAUUUUUUUUGUCAUGUUAUGCCAUUGUGUAACGCAGUAGGGUUAACGUGAGUGUGAAGAAAUCGACAUGCAAACGUGUAUAUAAAGCCAUUAAAACAUUGUCAUGAACAUUGCCCUGUAACUGUCUUUUAAUGUUUUAAAAGUUUCCUAAUGUAAGACUGAAGAUGCUGCAUUUUGGUGCACUUGUUGACUACUUGCUGUCCAGAUACUUUUUAUGCAUCACCAAAGAGCUUCAAGAUAUAUCAGAGCUCAAUAAAGUGUUAUUACAGAUGUACUGUGGUGCUAGUAGUUACAGAAUACUACAGAGAGAACAAACCAUGAGGAUUCCUCUGGUUAUGUGUGUAUGUCUGUAUGUUUUACUUGUUUAUAUUAAUUUAAAUGUCCACAAUUUUACACUUAAAGUCGUAGAGAAGUCAUAUUUAAAUGUCAAAUCAGUCCGGCCUAAACAUGUAAAUAAUUGCACUCUUUAUCAAGGACCUUAACCAAGUUAACUUAACCAAUGACCCCCCUGAAAGUGAAUGGAAUGGUUUGUCCCCAUCUUGACGCAACUGUCAGUGAUGGUGUGCAACGGUCGGCAUGAAUGAC